AUGCUCCUUGUCUACGACCGCGACCGCCUACCUGCAGCAGCAGCAACAGUCUUGCUGCUGUUUUCCUUUGCCCCACGCCCCAUCACCUCGAGUUCGAUAACGCCGGCUCCUCAAGCCACACCACCUCCAGCGAACCUCACUGCGACCUGCGAGUUUCGAACGAUCAAUUAUAUAACAGACUCCCUACCCCAGCUCUGCUUCCGCUCGUCGUGGAGUAAUGCAAAUGCUUCCUCUUCUACCAAAAGCUCCGGGAAUGCCACUGCAGCUAGCGAAGCUUCCGAAAGCUUCACCGUCUCUGUCACUCCCGGUUUGGGAAAGGAAACAGUAGUAGGAAAUUCCACAAGCAAUGAAUUUGUUUCAUCAGGCAGACCUUCUGCUACAGAGAGCAUAGCUUCAGUGGCCCUGGAAACUCCUGCCCCAUCCGCAGAUGAGCUGGAGCCCAGCGAGCUAAACGAAGCUUCCUUUCUAUCAUUUGAAGAAUGGAAGAAGCAGGCCUUGGAGAAAGCGGGACAAGCGAAUGCAAACAUUGGAAAUAAAAAGUCAGGAACUGGGGAGAAUAAGAAAAGAGAUCUGGAAAGCAUACAGAAUAACCUCGACUCCGUAGGGGAUGAAGGGGAGAUUGAUUUGGACUUCAAUUCCUUUCGUGACGGAGAAAGCAGCCAGAAGACGUCGCAAACUACAGAAAACCCUGGAGCUGAGACUGGGGAAGAGCCGCAGGAAGUCGAAAAUACGGCAAAACGUAAUGACCAUUAUCGAAGUAAGGAUGCAGGCAUCACUUGCAAGGAGCGCUUUUCGUAUGCUUCAUUCGAUGCCGGGGCCACCGUGUUAAAAACCCAUCCCGGGGCCAAAAACCCGAAAGCGAUCCUGAUAGAGAACAAAGAUUCAUACAUGAUCUCAGAGUGUUCGGCUGAGAACAAAUUCAUCAUAAUAGAGCUCUCGGAAGAUAUUUGGAUUGACACCAUUGUUCUCGCCAACUACGAAUUCUUUUCCAGCAUGGUUCGGACAUUCCGGGUGAGUGUUAGUGACCGCUAUCCUGUUAAAAUGGAAAAGUGGAAAGAUGCCGGGACCUAUGAGGCUCGCAACUCUAGAGACAUCCAAGCCUUUCUCAUUGAGAACCCUCAAAUAUGGGCAAGGUACCUGAGGAUUGAGUUUCUCAGCCAUUACGGGAAUGAGUAUUAUUGCCCGCUUUCCCUCGUUAGGGUCCAUGGUACUCGUAUGCUGGAAAGUUGGAAAGAGUCCGAGGCUAUUGGGGAGGACGAGGACACCGAAGAAAUUGAAGACAAUACCGCCGAGGAGCAUUUUGUGCCCGAUGCCGUUGCAGAAGUCGUUCAAGAGGAAGAAAGGGUUAACGCAGAACUGCGGGCACAAGCGGAGAAACUUGUAAAAUAUGCCCAUGAUCUGGCCCGAGAUAACAAGACUGCUGCCGAAAAUGCCUCAAAAGAACAGAUGACGACCUCCUGGGUUCAACUUAGCUUCCUUACUUUACCAGAAAAUGCACUUUGGGAAAGAGAUAUCUGCCGCCCGUCAGACGCACCAGUUGAACAAACAUUCACUACCGAAGAAACCAAAACUCAGGCGGCCAUAUCGGCCAGCUCAAGCCAGCCAUCAGAGGUAACGGGGUCGGUUCCUCCACAUAACAUUUCUUCGCCCAUGCCGCCCUCGCCGUCUAUGGGACCGCCUAGGGGGGUAGCGGCGAGUGAAAACUCCACUAUUCAAGGGAUUCAAUCCAUCCCACCGGUGGUGUCGAACUCGACGUUUGUUACUACAGCCUCUAACACCAGCCAGUCUAUGACGGCAGCUUCCUUGAUCCCGUCUCAUCCUACGAAAGUGCAGAACAUAACUGCCACACAUAAGGACAAAACCACCACCACCUCAUCAGCAUCAACUUCAUUGCCCACGAUCCAAGAAAGCUUCUUCAAAGCGGCAUCGAGGCGACUUCAACUCCUAGAAACCAACUCAACACUCUCACUGAAGUAUAUCGAAGAACAGUCAAAGAUCUUGAGGGAAGCCUUCUCGAAGGUGGAGAAAAAGCAGCUCCAAAAAUCUACAUCUUUCUUGGACAUGUUGAACAACACUGUCUUUGCUGAACUGCGCGGUUUCAGGCAGCAAUACGACGAAAUCUGGCAGUCGACAGUAAUAUCUCUUGAAAGUCAAAGAGAAGAAUCAAGGAGAGAAAUCUUAGCAAUAAGUAGCAGGCUGAAUAUUCUGGCAGACGAAGUCGUUUUUCAAAAACGUAUGUCUAUUGUACAGUCAGUCUUGCUUCUCCUCUGUCUAGGACUUGUAAUUUUCUCCCGUGUCUCUGCUAGUGGGGUUCCAGAUUUCCCCAACAUGCAUGUCAGAGCUCGCAAUCUCUCCGACUAUCCAGUAGAGAGCCCUCUCCAAAGCCCACCACAGAGCCCUGAAUUCCACCAAAAUGGAUCUUGGGUUGAACCUGACCAUCGGAGGCAGCGCUUUAGUGCAUCGGGGAUAUCGAGAUCGAGAAGCAGAGAUGACUCACCCCCAACACCUGUAUCUACAUAUUCGCGGUCAGAGUUUGGCUUGACGCCUCCUUCCGGCCCUGACGACGCAACCACGGACCUCUUAGAUCAUAGUUCUGAGCAUCUAGAGCCGCCUCUCCAUUCUCGAUCUAAGUCAAGAACAAGAUCAUCAACCUUCGAAGCCUCGAGUAGCGUUCUUCCAUCUCACUCGCCUAAAUUGGUUCCGAGGCCAAAGCCCUCAAAUUACGAGGGAAGCUGGAGUAGCCCGCUUCCUUCUCUAUCGGUGCAAAAUUCGCCGGUGGGCACACCCAAGGAGGUCAAUGGUUUCAUACAUCAACUUGGCAGCCCAUCUGCCUCAGGGGCUGAUGGGUCUCAAAACGCAACACCGUAUACAGAAUAUUGGGUUGCCGGGGAAGAACCAAUUGGCCUAACCGACGGUCCAACAAGAUUGCCAUCUCUAGAGGACUGGACGCCGUCACCCAGCAUUGCUCGCAAGCCGUUACCUGCGUUGCCUAAAAAUGGGCAGUGA